AGAUCGGGACUUGGCAUUAAAUCAACGUUUGAUAGAUAAGCAUAGAGUGAAGCAGAGAUAUAAUACAAAGAUGCAAGUCGAGACAGAUAAGUUAAACAGAGAAUUCAAAAUGAGAUUGCAUCAACAGCGUGAACAUCUUCAGAAUCAAGUGAAGAAGAAAGAUGAACAGUUACGACGAGUACAUCAAAUUGUAAUCAACAACAAUGAUACUAAUUCUGCAAUAGCAUCAAAAGACCAAGCUCCAGAAUCAAUAACGAAAGUAAUCAGUCCAGUUAGAGAUAUCAGAGUAUCACGAAAGGACGGGAUACCCGUUUCAAACCCGAGAUAUAGACGAUCGCAAAGUGCCGACAGAUGGAUCGAUCAUAGACCUCAACCUCUUGUACCAGUCGGAACUAUAUUGCAACCAUUGAUACAAAGAAGGCGAAGCGUAGCGCAACUUACUUCACCAAAAGAGAUUACGGAUGGCGCAUCUAGAUAUUGUCUUGUCGCACAAGAGCAUGAUACGGACGGAGAACUUGAAACAAAAUUAUAUAAGGGCGAUAUAUUGCCAACAAGUGGUGGUGGAGCGCAAGUAAUAUUUAACGAUAUGGAAUGUUUGAAACAAUCAUCCCCGAAAGCAAGGAAACGUACUGGACAAGAGGAGGGAAUAGACCAAGAUAUUUCUACAUUGACAGAAACGAAACGACCACGAGUAUAA